UGUGAAUUGACUCAGACGAGACGAUGAGACGUUUGAGUGUCAAAGUCCAGUCUGCAGCUGCAUGCGUUAAAGUGUCAGUUUGUGUGGAUCAAAAUGGAGGAACAGAAGAUGAAGAAGAUUCUGUGUGUGGGUUUGGUGUGUCUAGACAUCAUCAACGUGGUGGACAAAUACCCAGAAGAAGACACUGACAGCAGGUGUUUGUCCCAGCGCUGGCAGCGAGGAGGAAAUGCUUCAAACUCCUGCACAGUGCUGUCGCUGCUCGGAGCGCCCAGCGCCUUCAUGGGCUCACUGUCUGCUGGACCUGUUGCAGAUUUUAUUUUGGAGGAUUUUCAGAAGUUCCACAUCGAUGUGUCUCUGGUGUCUGAGCACGCACAGUGUGUCCUUCCAGCCUCCGUUGUCAUCAGCAACAUCCGCACAGGAAGCCGCACCAUCCUGCACAUGAACAGGAACCUUCCUGAUGUCACAGUGGAGGAUUUCUCCAAAGUUGACCUUGGUCAGUUCAAAUGGAUCCACUGGGAGGGACGAAAUGCUGACGAGCAGGUGAAGAUGAUCCAGCAGGUAGUGAUGUACAACAGCACGGUGCCACGGCAACAGAGAAUUACCAUCUCCGUGGAGAUAGAGAAGAUCAGAGAGCCGCUGUAUCAGCUGUUUUCACACGGUGACGUGGUGUUCGUCAGCAAAGACGUCGCUCGUCACUUCGGUUUCCUGACGGCUGAAGCAGCUCUGAGAGGACUCUACAGGAGGGUCAAACAGGGGGCUGUCCUGGUCUGUGCCUGGGCAGAAAAAGGAGCAGAUGCUUUGGGUCCUGACGGUGUGAUCGUUCAUUCAGACGCUUUUCCUCCCGAGGCUCUCGUCGAUACCCUCGGAGCAGGAGACACUUUCAACGCCGCGGUCAUCUAUACGCUGUCCAACGGUGGAAGUUUGCAGGAUGCGCUGACCUUCGGCUGCAAGGUCGCUGGGAGCAAGUGUGGUUUCCACGGUUACGACGGCAUCGGUGAAAUGUUCAAAGAGUGAAUGUCGAGUGAAAACAGAGUGUGGUGACAGUGUGAAGUUCUCACAGUGAAUGACCAAUGAAACUUACAGUUUACUGUUUGAUAAUUAAUAAGCUGCUAACAAAAUAAUGAAGUGUUCAUUAAUUAUUAAUUAACGGUGGGAUGCACUGAGCUGAAAUGAAAUAACAUCUCAUUAAAAUGAGUUUAUUGCUUUUG